AUGUUGUUGUUGUCAAGCUCACCUCCACCUAUCACUCAAGAAGAGAGCUCGUUGAUACUACUGGCUUUCUUACUAUCAUGCUGA